GUCUUUGAGAAGUUGUCAGGAAGCUGUCGGACAAAACGAAACUUUCCCAACUUUGACAGGAGACUUUAGCAGCCUUCAUUUGUUCGACAGGCGUUUUGUUUAGUUUUUUGGGUGGAAAAGAUGCAGGGCAGUGCUUACGGUGCCUCGUUGGCUGGCGGUGCUUUUGAUAUCGAGAGUUUUAUAAAGCAGCCUCAGACCAUUUUGCGCUGCCUGAGCUGGUUAUUCUCCAUUGUGGUCUUUGCAACCAUCACAGCAGAAGGGUACAUCAACCCGAUGACCAAGGAUGAGACCAAGUGCAUGUUCAACUACAACGACAGCGCCUGCAGCUACGGGGUCGGAAUCGGAGUCCUGGCCUUCUUGGCUUGUGUCAUCUUCUUCAUACUGGACGCCUACUUCCCGCAGAUCAGCAACGCCAAAGAGAGAAAAUUAAUCGUUCUAGGAGAUUUGGUCUUCUCAGCGGCGUGGACGUUCCUGUGGUUCAUCUGCUUCUGUGUCCUGGCCAACCAGUGGUCCAAAACCAGCAGCGACACCGCCGUCGCUGGCGAUGCCGCCCGGGCUGUCAUCGCCUUCUCCUUCUUCUCCAUCGCCACCUGGGCCUUCCUGUCCUACUUUGCGUACAGAAGGUACUGCCAAGGCGUCAGUGAGUUCGACCAGGAGUACAGAGACCCAGCCAACGACCACACCACUCCAUACCCGCCUGCUCAGUACCCCACAGGCUACCAGCAGUCGCCUUUCCCCCAAAGCCAGGAGCACCCAGGAGAGUACCAGCCUCCAACUUACUGAAGGACUGAGAUUCAAACGCAUGAAUCCAACAGGGGAGUUUUCUUUUUUUUUUAAAUAAAGAUGUGUGCCAAUGGUUUCAUUUACAGACUGAUCUCUGCACUCCCAUUUUUCUUCCUGCAGAACGUGUUUGCAUAUUUGUGGGGGCACUGAUUUUUUUUUGGUUUUCUUUCAUGGUCGUAAGUCGUUUGGUGGAUGUUUGCUGUGUUGUUCAGAGUGCCAUGCACAGCAGGUGAAGUAUCUUUUUUUUUUUUUUUAGUUAGGAGAUUGUGUUGGUAAGAGAGAGUAUGGCCGCGCCAUUGUUGUCUUUGUACCAAAUCAACUGUAGUUAUUUCAGAGCCCCCUUUUUUUUGUUUCACUUUUAAGUGCAAUUUGUGUUUAUUAAGAUGAACAAUUGAAUUUUUUUUGGAUGAAUAUGUUACUGUUUAGUACAUAUAAAUAAGUUUUCAUUACUCUCAGAUUCAUAUACAGCAGCUCAACAACCGUAAUGUAGUGAAACACUUCAGUACAUAUUCAACAACAAAACAAACCCAUAAUAUUUAAUCAUUGGGUGCAUCGAACAUGUUCCCUAACUACUGUAAUGUUUUUGUGUUUUUUUUUUUUUAAAUAAUCAACCACUGAAAAAUGGCGCAUAUGCACUGACAAACACAGUCCAUUACUUUGGGUCAUGUAAUUGCCAAUAUCCGAUCUAAGAUUGUUAAUUUUAAUGUUUCAUUUAAUAUUUAAGGGUGUUUUGUUUUAAGGGUAGCCAAACAUUCACUUAUAUCUGCUUCCUCUGUAGAUGUUUAACGUGCCUUACUUGAGUGCAGUUUUUUAAAACAUCCCAUUCAGCAACUGUUUCAGCCAUAAUUAGAUUUCAGGAAUUCAUUGAUUGGGGUAAAUUGAUAUAUUUAUUAUCUUAAUCCUUUCAGUCCAGGGAUAUGACAAUCAAAUAGUAAUUGUUUUCUACAUUGCUUUUUUUUUUUCCUCUUGCUUUUCUCACACUGUAGUUAUACCUUUACAUGAGUUGCAGUUUCACUGUUGUACUCAGUGGCUUUACAAUGAUUCCUCAUUAAAGUGCCUUGUACAGUAUUCUGUAUCACACAGGGUUUGCCAAAUAAAAACUGUUCUUGUUUUCAA